CUCUUUUCGUUGAUUUGAUGGAUUUUGAGUCAACAAUAACGGUUAUUUUUUUUACCUGAAUAACCCGAUAACAACACAUUUAGUAUCAUGGGUACGUUUAUAAUGCUUAACUGAAAUCCAGGGAACGAAUUUUGGUGUCGGCAAGCAUUUCUUUGUCAAUGCCUUUCAUUUUUUCCCCACUCCUUAAAUAAAUAAAUUAUUUCGGCUAUUCAAUUUUUUUUUUAAUUGUGAGAGAAGACUCGGAGGAUCAGUUCAAAAAAAAGAGUAACAAAGUCAGCAGACAUGGAUAGAUCUAAGAUUACAGCUUAUAGUUGACCACGCUUUUAAUUUUCUAAGUCAUGUUCUUAAUCUUAAUGCCCAUGUUUGUGUAGUAACUUUUAUUGAUCUAAUUGUAAAACCCUACAUGAUAGUCUUGCAGUACAGUACACACAGAGCAGUGAGAAUGAGAAGGGACUCAUACAGUCAUUUAUUCAUUUCAUAUUCUUAUGUUUUUAUUACUUAAUUAUCAAUCUUCCGUAUAACAUUUUUAGGUAAAUUUUAAGGACGAAUGCCACAUUUUUAUCGAAUUGCACACAAAUGUAUCCCUAAAUCGAUCCCUAUGCCUAACCCUAACCCUAAAUCAAUCCCUAUGCCUAACUUGAACCCUAAAUCAAUCCCUCAACCUAACCUAAAUCAUAAUUCACUGCAACUAUAAUAAACACACAAAAGACGCUGUGGCAUCCCUCCUUUAUAUCAGCCCAUUUUUAAUUUGAUUAUAAAAUUCUCUUAACAAGUAAUGUCACAAUUCCUUGUUACAUUUUAACAAAGAUUAUAAUAAUAAUACUGAUACGGAUUAUAAUAAUUAUAUGUUUAUUAUUGUUAUGUAAACCAUCCCCCCUUAAAUUAUAUUUUGCCUUCUCCCUCUACCAUUAAAAAUAUUAAUAAGUAUAUUAUGUUUGUCACAGUCACAGAUAUGUCAGCACAAUAGAAUCCAUAAGCUUUUAACAUGUGAUUGGUUGGAUCUGGGUUGGGACAUAAUUAAGCUAUUGAUAACAAUUAUUUUUUUUAUUUAUUUUUUUUCACCAAAAAAGAACCUUUUGUAUUGAUUUAUAAAUUUAACAAAAUAAGAAUUCAUAGCAGAAAAACAAAUAUGUAAUAUUAGCCACUUCGAUGAGAUCCGGGAAUCGCCGAAAACCGGAUAUCGUGAUUUCGUUAUCAAAAUGGCGAUCUCCACUUUUUAAUUUACAGAGACCCUCGUUGUUUACGAUUUUUUUGCUAAUUAUAGCCCAGCAAGAACAUUCUAUUUCCGCCCACAACUUUGAGUAGACAUGUUGUUUUAUGAUUAGACACUUUUGUUCUAAAAAAUAUUUGAGGUCUUAACUUUGAAAAUUGAAAGUAAAAUAAUGCUUAUUUUACUCAUUCAUAUUUUUUUUCUGGAAAGGGUGUCUUUCUUAAAUAAAAAGACGACGGGAGAUAAUAGCAUAAAUUACAACAUAUCAAAAAUUCUAGAGGUUAGCACCCAGUUCAAUGGUCUAAAAAUGCCUACCAAAUUUUUGUCACGUGUGUCCCAAAAUGACCUAUUAUCGAUAGCGAUUUUUAAUAAUCAAAAAAAAAAAGUAAAUAACUUGAUUUACAAUGGAAAUCCAGCUUAUUACUCCAAAAUAACUCAUUCAAAAACAAAAACAAAUAAUUUAAUAACACAGAUACCUAUCUAAACAACAUAAAUAUAUUUUUUUAACUUGUUUUGAUGCUUUUAUUGAAGGGUAUUGACUUGGGUAGUGGGUUAAACUGAAUUAUUAUUAGCCUCAUUUUAUUAUAAUUAAUAUAUUAAAUAUAAAAGUUAAAUAUAUAUACAGGCCUAGCAAAGUAUAGUAUUUUAGUAUAGGCCUAGCUCCUGCCCAACUCAUUAUUUGUGUGACACAUAUUUGUUAUUUGUAAUGAUAUUUUAAUGAAUAUUAUGAUUCUUAAUUUAAUGAAUAGAUUAUGCAAAAAUGUAAACAAAAAAAUAGUCACUUACCUUUCAUAUUGAAAUAUCCUAUAUUUAAUCACAUAUCACAAUAUUUCACAAUAGAAUUAUUACAUAAUCCUUGUAUUCUCAAAGAAAAAACACACUUUCUGCCACAAUAGUCCAAGAAUUACUUAAGAUAUUAUUAAUAAUAUUUAAGAACAAUCAUAAAAACUUAUACUUACCACAAGCAAAUGACUAGAACUUAUUUUAGUUUGUAUAAACCACCAAAGUUGAUUCUAUCAAUGCAUGUUAAUUUGUGAAACAAGAUUACUAACUUGUAAAAAAAUGACAUACUAUUCAUAUCAUAUGAAUGUCUGAAUAUGACCAAAAAAUAGUAUGUCAUUUUUUUACAAGUUAGUAAUCUUGUUUCACAAAUUAACAUGCAUUGAUAGAAUCAAAGCAAAUUGAGGGUCACAAAAUGUGGAGGAAAAUCCCAUAGUAAAAAAGUGCCUUUGAGGUCCCUACUAAAAAAUUCAUAACUUUUGAACCACUUGAGCUAGAAAGUUGAUCUUGGUGGUUUUUGUAAUCUAUUCUCCAGGCUCUAUACAGCUGUAGUGUUUUUUAUAUUUUUAAAAAUGUUUUGAAAUUUUAAUCAAAGUGCCUAGUAAUAUCAAUAUCACUUAACAAAUCAUCAGUUUUAAUCACAUACAAGCCAGUUUGAAAAACUGAUAAAAUUGUCCUAACUUACUUGAAGAGUUACAAUUUUAAUUAAGUAUUUGGUUGGUGGAUUUAUUUUGAAUUAAAUUUAUUAUUAUAAUUUAAAUUUACAGAUAUUAUUGUAGAUAGCUUAAACUUAAAACAUUUUUUUUUUGUGUGUCUGAAAUCCCCCAGAGUCAGCAUCAUUGUAAUGUAUUUAAUCAUUCAUAAUAGUAAUGUAUUUUAUAUAAUAUAUAUUUUUAUACAGAUGAUGCAGUGGCUUUGCUCUCAAAUCUGAGUCUCACAGAUUCAAAGCAGCAACAAGAACAAGUUAUAGCUAAACUCAUCCAAUGUGUGUGUGAUUUAAGUAAGUAAAUUUCUCGUAGCUCUCGUAUCUAUGUGAUAAAAUAAAUAAAAACAAAUUUUAGAUAAAAAUUCAAUUCUGCUUGACUAUAGGCUUAGGAGAAGUUUUAGUCCACUUUUCCAAACACAUAAGACUAGAAGUAAAAAUACUUUUGUCAUAAGUUUAUGAGCAUAGUAAAACUUCAAUUUAAAAGACUCCUCUUUCCCUACCAUUCUGAAAGGAAUGACUUUGUGUACAAUUUGAUUUACUGUAUGAAAUAAUUUGUAUUACAACAUAUAAUUAACUAAAAAAUAUGAAAUGACUGCUUGCAAAUGCUGGCAUCCGUGUGGGCUUCGGAGGUUGAAUUCCACAAGGCCUGUGAUUAUUCUUCAAGGAAGAUAAGCUGGUUCCCAACAGCAACUAGCCUCUCCAAGGAUAACCCAAGGGAACAACAAGGGAUGAUACAGCUUGGCACCCGUGACGACCCAGGAGUUGUCGUAAUGUUUCAUUGUACCAAAGUUAUCCACAAUUUUGGGACUCCAUCUCCAGGUUUGAUUUCAGAGUUGCCUUCUCUUAGAUGAGUUGCCAUCCAAGUUUAACGAGUCCCAUCAAUGGGGGUGCUGGUCAUGUUUUUGCUUGACUGGGCAAAGCUGGGAUUGAACUCCAGACCACCAACUUGAGAUUUGUUCAGUUUACACCACUCGGCCACCCAGCAAAUACACUAGUAGAAAUAACAGUUUUCUCUAUCAUUCUGUCUAUAAGAUUUUACUUUGAUUUAUAUAUUAUCAUUUACCACUGAAGAUUUUACUUUUACUAUAAAGUUUAGAUUCAAAUAAUAAUAGACGAUUACCAUGUUUAUAUUUUGACCCUCAUGCCCACACUAAAUAUUAAGAGAUGCUAUCCUAUUAAUUUACACCAUUAAGUUUUUUUGCUAUUUUUCCUAUUUAUUAGAUUUCUUUGUUUUGAAGCAAUGAUUAAAAAGACAAGAGUUAUAUAAUUUAUGCUGUCAUGGAUAAAGAAUUUUUUUUUUUUUCACAGUCAUAUUAUAAAAUGAGGUAAACUCAGAUUAUAACAAGAUUUUUAUUCUUCAUUUUUUGUUGUCCUACAUCAACUAUUGUACAUUUUAUUAUGACCGAAAUCAAGUGAAGUUGGGUUCAGUAUGUUAAGAAAUUUAAUUUCUCUGUAGCUAGAAUUUUGUUUCUACAACUUGUAAGAAAAGAUGGUUUAUGCUGCAUUAAGUUGAGAGUUCCUCUGAAUUUAUUUGUUUUAUUGAUCACUUGGUGGCUUUGUUAUAUUAAUCCCUUAGAGAAUCAUAACACAAGUUAAGAACCCACAUUAUUGAUUUUCUUGCUAAGGAGACAUCAAUAUGUAGAUUACAGAGCUAUAGUUUUAUCCAUUUAUGACAUCAGACAUGAAAAGGAGACGCAGAGAGAAAAGGGUGUAAGAUAUAUGAUGUCAUCUAUAAUAAUUAUAUCUUCAAAUUUUAUGUAGCCUCUCUACAUUAGAACAUUUCUGGGCAAUUGCCCUGAUGCAUUUUGACUCAAAUGUCUUCCCUUCAAUUUUUGCAUUAGUAUCCCUGAUCUCAGAACAUUUAUUUAAACAGAACAUGUUUACCUUGUCUCAUGUUUGUUUUAAUUGAGUGGAUUUUGGGGUGUGGGCUGGCAACAGGGUAAAACAAUGUUGGGUGAUGGUUUAAUGUGUAAUUGUGUGAGCAUUUUUAUUAGUCCUGAACCUUUAUGUUGAUUUCAGUCUAUUAUAGGAAUGAGCCUAAUGAUGUUUUAAUUACUGACUAUAACUGGGUAGGCAUUUGUACAGCAGACUUAUUAAACUUGGACUUAUUAUUUGUUAUUAAUUUUGUGCAGAUGAAAAAGAAGGCAAUGAAGAGAAAUCCCAAGCUCAGAUUUCAAUCUUGGAACACAAAGGCAUUGAGAUUUUGUUACAACAUCUUCAAAAUAAUGCUUCCCCAGAUAAUGAGUCAAUUCUUGCUUGCUCAGCACAAUUAAUUGCAGAGCUUGCUAAAACAGGUGAGCUAUUAAUUUUUCCUAUUGCAUUUUUUCAAGAGUUUUACAUUAUAGUGAAUCAUCUACUGACAACACAAUGCAUAUUUAUAUUCAGGAUGUACUGCAUAUUGUAUUCCAAAGACAAUUUGUAAUACACUGUAUGCUGCAUUCAAAUGUCAGAUAGAACAUUGUAUAAAAUAAAUGGCUCAUUGGAUGUUUUAACCCUUCAACUCUAAGAUCAACUUUGCUGAAAUCAAAGGUUUUGCAUCCACAGAAGCAUUACGUGAGCCCCUGGUCAAUAAAGAUGUUGUGCCUAACCUAUUAAAGCAUCUACCAAGUAAAAACAUUGCCUUAGCUACACAAGCCUGUCGUGCAUUAGGGAAUAUAUGCUAUGAUAAUGGUAAAUAUUACCCCUGCUGCUCUUGUGAUGUCAUUUUAAAAAAUAAAGGAAUAAAUUUAUUCAUUUUUAUAAUAACAGAAACUGUUUUUUCCUAGUUUGUAGCAAGUUACAUGAAGCUAACCUUGAAUUAGCUCACAUUUUAGCUAAUGAAGGAUGUAGUGCAACAAAGUUGACUUAUUUAUUUAGUAUUAUUUGCUAUUUUAUUAAAAUUUUGCACAUUCAUGGUAUUUUACCUUAUGUUUUUUAGUCUUAAUUUUUGUACACAAAAUUUUUAUUUUUUAAUAUUAUAUUUGUUAAAUUUUAAAAAAUUUAUUUUGAAUGCAGAUAAGGGUCGAAUAGCAGUAGACAAAAAUAGUGGCAUUCCAAUUAUAAUUGACGUACUCUCCAAGCAAAUCAAUAGCACUGAUGAUGGUGCAUCUCGUUUACGUGUCAUUGUAUGUGGCUUCCUUCUCAACCUGACCAAUAACUGUGGUAAGUUUUUUAAUAUUCAUGUCAGUUUGUUGAUCUGUUUAUUGGAGCUUUUGUGUCUUGAUGGAUUAACAUCAUCUUUCUGUCAUAGCUUCUUCUGUUCAAAGAUGAGAAUCAUUGUCAGUAUUUAGCCUCUGUGAGGAAAUGAUGCAACACACCAACUGACCUGUCCACAAACACAACCUUUACUGAUUUAAACCAGUACCGGUUUCUUGACCAUGAAUUUCAACUUCAAUUCUUCUAGGGGUUGUCCCCAGUUAUGGGCAAAAUAGCUGAUUGGAAUUGACUCGUUAGCCAAAUCCAAAAGCUAUACUGGUGAUUCAGGUAAAGCCCUAAAAAUCAAUUGUCUUCCUAAAAAUAGCUGUUGCCUUUUAAAGUUAGGAUACGGCAUGUCAGAAUAAAUCCGGAAGAAAUAACUACCUGCUUUAUCAUUUCUUCUAUUGAGCAUCAACAGUACACUAUAUAUAAAAAAUAUCAAGAAUAAUUCAAAGAGAAGGCCUUUCAUUCCCUACAGGACCCUGUCAUCUUUUACAAGUGUUUCUUCAAAAUGUAAAAGAUUUUUUUAUUGAGGAGAACAAUGUACAUCAUAUGAUAAUAUGAGUUCCCAGCCAAGUUAUGGUCCUUGAUGACAUGUCAUGUUAAAAGUUGUCAUUGGUUUUAUUUAUAACUGUACAAUUUGAUAUUGCUCUAUUUUAUUGCAGUAGUUCCUGUAGUUAAUUGUGUUGACUGGGUCCUUCGGGUAUUUUUCCACAGCUCUCAAAUCAAAACAAGUUGUUACCUAACAUUUGCAGUCUAUAGUUUGCACCUUUAGAAUGGUUUUAGAAUGGUUAAGGUUUGAAUGCAAAAGAUGAAACCAUUUUUACGAAUUCACAAAUAUGUAAAAUGGAUUAUAUAAGUAACCAAGUUACUCAGUAGAUUAUUUGAUGAUGUCAAGAUGGAGAUGUCAUGAUUAAGACAGUGGGGCGGGGUUGGGUGUUCCUGCACUCACAUAAUGAAGUUCAGUUGUAAACAGUCCUUUGAUGACCCUCAUGGGGAUAAGAAAGGUACACAUUUUCCUAUCAGCCUUGGGCUCCUGUACUUGGAUAGGUUUUUUUCUUUUUUCUAAACAUAAAAUGUGGAUAGGGCUUCUGAUGGGCCGGCUCAAAUGUAUGAACAGUUUUAAUCCAACUAUAAGUCAUUUCAUUUGUGUUUUGCUAUUGAUGUGUUGUUUUUGUUUCUACAGCUGUAUUCCAAAUAGUGUGUUGGAUUACUCAAGUUUGACUUCUUGUCAUAAUUUCACUUUAAACUCAACAAGAAUUGUUCAAUUAGAGUCCAAUAAAUAACUGUUUACUGAAUGUUCACAAUUCCGUGUGAGUUUGGGCCCCAAGUAGAACAAUGUAUAAUAUGAUAAUGUGAGUUGCCUUUGGAAAUCAAUUCAACAUAAAAUUAUGAAAUACAAACAUAGAACAUGUGCUGGGGCUUUCUUAGUUUCUAUUUGUUGAAGUGGGACGUCCUUGAAUGAUAGGGAGCCAUUUAGACUGGUUACCAGAAAUGUGUUUGAAAGAAAUUUCGCCAACGGAAAAUUGAUCGAGGGAAGUUUGGUCGAACGGAAGUUUAAUUGAUUUUUUUUUUCAGUUCAUUCUAUCCAAUUUUUGUCUAAUUUCUUUGUGAUUGCACUAUAUUAUAUAGUAAAACAAAAUAAUGCGUUCAAAAAGAAAUUUGACGCAAAAUUUGAUAUUGUGAACUAAAAAUACAAUUCAAUCAAAUUCUCGUUCGACCAAACUUCCAUCUCUCAAUUCGAAUACUCCAUUGGGACAUACUUAAAUGAUACGGAGCCAUUUAGACACACUUGAAUGAGAGAGAGCCAUUGGGUCGUACUAAAAAGAUAGGGAGGCCAUUAGGACAUACUAGAAUGAUAGGGAGCCAUUUAGACUUUGUUAAAUGAUAGGGAGCCAUUUAGAUUUUGUUAAAUGAUAGGGAGCCAUUUAGACUUUGUUAAAUGAUAGGGAGCCAUUUAGACUUUGUUAAAUGAUAGGGAGCCAUUGAGACCUACUUAAAUGAUAGGGAGCCAUUUAGACUUUGUUAAAUGUAACGGAGCCAUUUAGACUUUGUUAAAUGAUAGGGAGCCAUUUAGACUUUGUUAAAUGAUAGGGAGCCAUUUAGACUUUGUUAAAUGAUAGGGAGCCAUUUAGACUUUGUUAAAUGAUAGGGAGCCAUUUAGACUUUGUUAAAUGAUAGGGAGCCAUUUAGACUUUGUUAAAUGAUAGGGAGCCAUUGAGACCUACUUAAAUGAUAGAGAGCCAUUGUGACGUACUUAAAUGAUAGUGAGCCAUUGAGACAUACUUGAAUGAUAGGGAGCCAUUGAGACCCACUUAAAUGUAACGGAGCCAUCAGGAAGUACUUGAAUGAGAGUGAGCCAUUUUGACAUACUCAAAAGAUAGUGAGCCAUUUGAACAUACUUGAAUGAUGUGGAGCCAUUUAGGUAUACUUGAAUGAUAGGGAACCAUUGGGACGUAAUUGAAUGUUACGGAGCCAUUGGGACCUACUUGAAUGAUAGGGAACCAUUGGGAAGAAACAAGAAGUAAAGUGACUGAGUAGUUAUGGUUGUAGAUACUUCUAUGACAAAACAUGUCUUAUGACUUUUGUCUGGUCAACCCGUGAACCAUCUGGAGUGACGUAACCAGUUGGCCCCACAGGUUUACAAAGGGGUUGGCCACUCAGAUGUUGACAAACGUGUCGACUUAAUCCGUGAACAACAAAGAUAACUCAAGUAUCCCAAAUAAAACACCCGGCCUGUGCUUUACAUACUUGUUCGUGCAUUUCAAGAACUCGGCCUAACUUAAAAUAUCUUCAUCACGGGAGCCCCAAUUCUGGCCAAAUGUCAGAAAUUCAAUGUAUUUGACGGGUCAGUGUGUGUCUUUUACCAGCUUUUCUUAAGAUGACAUAAGAUGUGUUGGUCUGUGAGGACAAAGCAACUCCCCCCUCAUCCUAGAUGUCUGCUAUGUCUUCCACCCAGGGGGAUUUCGUUCGGAUAUUCUCGGGAAUGUCUUGAGUUUGUCCCGAAUAAUUUCAUUUUGUUUCUGAAAGGCAAUUUUUUUUGUGUAUCUGGAGUAUGUUCACUUAACCUUGUAUCUUCUGAAAUAAUGUAGCAGAGCACAUUCAUUCAAUGUCGUCAUUUGUCUUAUGAGUGCCCAACUGAUCCUUUCCUCUGUGGCAAAGCUGACAAUGUCUACACAAUCAAAGGUAUUUGAUAAGCCGUGGUUCCCGCUAUAACAUCAUCAGGAGCACUCUUCUUCCCUCGACUGCAUAUUGUUUGUGUGAAGAAACUGACCUUAAACUCAUUGGUAUAAUCAAGCUGGUAUCACUGUAUCAAAUCACUGAUUGGAUUUAUUUCAUUGUUAUUUUUAUUUAUUUCUUUUCAUUUGACGUGGUGGGGGUGGGAAAAAGGGAUGGGGGUUGAUUGGAAUCAAAUGAAAAAAUAAAGUGUAUGUAAGUUGGCACAAAAAAAAUCAGAGAGUGACAUCUAUGUGGAGCCAAACUUUAGAGAAAUCUAUGUUGAGCCAAACUUUAGAGACAUCUAUGUGGAGCCAAAUGUUAGAGACAUCUAUGUGGAGCCAAACUUUAGAGACAUCUAUGUGGAGCCAAACUUUAGAGACAUCUAUGUGGAGCCAAACUUUAGAGACAUCUAUGUGGAGCCAAACUUAAGAGACAUCUAUGUGGAGCCAAACUUUAGAGACAUCUUUGUGGAGCCAAACUUUAGAGACAUCUAUGUUGAGCCAAACUUUAGAGACAUCUAUGUUGAGCCAAACUUUAGAGACAUCUGUGUAGAGUCAAACUUUAGUGACAUGUCUGUAGAGGCAAACUCUGAAUUUAAACCAGGAGCCAGAAUGAUCAGCAAAUUGAUCGUGGGCCCCUCAAAUAUAAGAAGAAGAAGAAGAGCCAAAUGUUAGUGACAUUUCUGUGAGUGAAACUAUAGAGACAUCUCCUUUGAGCCAAACCAUAGAGAACCAAAUCUUAGAGACAUCCCUGUUGAGCCAAACUUAAGAGACACAUUUGUCUGGUCAGACUCACUAAUGAAAGCUAAACAUUGUCAUUGUCAGCUUCUUGGCAGGUUUCUGGGUCAAUCCUGUACUGUCUCACUCUCUCAAUCCUCCUUCUGCAACUCUCUUCUAUCCCUCUCUCUCCAUCCCACUUUCUCACAUAACUCGAACACUCUCUCUCUUUCUCUGUUUCUUAUUGUUAUCGAUUUUCUCAGCCUAGGCACCAAUCCUCUCUCUGUCUCUCUCUCUCUCUCUCUCUCUUCCUCCCUCCCUCCCUCUGUCUCUCCUCCUCCCUCCCUCGCUCCCUCCUUCCCUCGCUCGCUCUCUCUCCCUCUCUUUCUCGCUCCCUCCCUCUCUCUCUCUCUGUCUCUCUGUCUCUCUCUUUCUCUGUCUUUCUCUCACACAUUCAUUUCUCUAUUCAUUUAUACGGUCUUUUUUGUGUUUUUGUAACCUUGACAGCACAUAUUGUCACGCACGCUUCUGUCCCGAAAGAUUCGUCCGUUUCCUGAUAUUAGUUAGCCAUGCAGAAGAGGUUUCCUCUUGGUGCAGUGCCCCAUGACUCGUGUGCUAAGACUCCGUCUAAUCAAAUCUUUCAGUUGAUGGCAUCCUAGGGGAUAUAACUCUCACCUCCAUUCUCAGUUUUCAUCUUAACCCCUGAGCCAGAUUAUCACAGGCUCCACACAUGCGGAUAUUACCUAGCGCAGUGGUUCCCAGACUUUGAAGUUUUGUUGACCGGUGGUCCAGUUUCGACAUUGCCCCAGAGUGCCAGACUUUUUAUUCGACCAAAAAUAGCCAUGUCGUGCAGAACGGCAACGUAAGGCUCGUGGACCGGUGCCGGACCACCAUUUCGGCAACGCCGACCUAGCCGCCAUUUUAUUUCACGUCUCUGUCACUUCAGCCGUCCCAAUAAGAUGAGCUGAGGGGUGAAUGUCUCAACCAGGGCAAGAGAACCAGGGCAAGAGCCCUGACAUGUCGAUGUAAUGGGUUCAGCCGACUGGCCAACAACAUCAACCGAAAACCGCGAGGCACAAAAUUCAGCAGUAAAUAGUUGGUCACCCAAGGGGUGGACGAGUGCCCUGGUGAUCGGAAGGUAACCCAAGGGGUGGACGAGUGCCCUGGUGGUCGGAAGGUUUUCAUAGAGAAUGUCGACUAUCCCCGUGUCCCCCUUUCCCCCUCACCGGUUAUGGUCCGGUCUAAUCCACACUUGGUGCUUGCUCAGUCAUCAUUUUAUGUACUCAUAUAUCUGACAAGGGUACACAUAUCUUGACUACUCCAAAUACAGUUUGAUCUCUUGUAGCUAAUCAACCUGGGGACACAAUUGUUUAGCUGUAAUACAACCAGGAGGACAACUGCAGUAACAAAGGGAACAUCAUCCAAUCUAUCUCCUUUGCCACCUGACUAAGAUUGUGACGUCACGAUUACCUGAACACUCUUUACAGUUCUAUUACCCUCCUCUUCACCUUUUGUGUUGUUGAGCACGACGACAGCGAUUGCAAUGAUAACGAUGAGGUCGGUAACUAUUUAUUGGCAACCCUGUGACUCGAUCAACUUCUCUGUUCACACGGGAGGGGGGGGAGUUAUCGGGGUAACUGAUCUCUCGGAUAGAACAGAGCUCCUUGCUGUCCUAUGGACCUACCUAUCAUGGGCGUCACUAAACCUAUCAUGGGCGUCACCAAACCUACCAUGGGCGUCACUGCCUACCAUGGCAUGGGCGUCACUGCCUACUAUGGGUGUCACUGAACCUACCAUGGGCGUCACUGCCUACCAUGGGCGUCACUGCCUACCCCAUGGCAUGGGUGUCACUGUACCUACCAUGGGCGUCACUGCCUACCCCAUGGCAUGGGCGUCACUGCCUACCCCAUGGCAUGGGUGUCACUGUACCUACCAUGGGCGUCACUGCCUACCAUGGGCGUCACUGCCUACCCCAUGGCAUUGGCGUCACUGCUAGGGAUGUCAUCUGUCCGUAUAUGUGCGGACCGUCCGUCAGAAGUAAGACAUAAAAUGAGUUGUCAGUAAGUAGUUUCGAAUGUCCAUACAAAAAUUGUGAAAUUGUCUUUAAUGAUUGUGAAAGAAAGAAAACUUGUCUGAAACGUGUAGUAGCAAUGAACCACCGAUGAGAAGGACUUACAAAUAACAUGACGUUAUAGAUCAAUAGAGGAAGUAUCAUAGAGUGAUUGACUGUGUAGAGAGUCAUAGCCCACGACUUAUUGUAAGUGAUAUUAACUCCUUUGUUUCAACAAAUUUAUUUUUAGAAAAGUAUCCGUCGACAAAAAGACGAUCGACAAUAUGCGUCAGUAGAUUGGAUAAGGGCAGAUAAUGCCACAAGCCGGACGUUUCGGAAGCCACGGGGACGCGUAUUAUUGCGUCUGUGUGAAUAUGCUCUGUCUCCUAACGUAUAAUGGUCUGUUUACGCCGCUGAGAUCUUAUGAGUAAACCAACAGGUGAGAAAGUGCAGAGCUAAAGUAGUUAAAAAGUAGACAUCGCUACUUCCGUUUGUCUAACUUGUUAGGCACGUCAGUGAUUAAACCAAUGACUUUGAUUGUAUACACGCAACAAUGUUCAACAAAUAUAGCUAAAACAAUCAGAGCUCACUGUGGCUUUUAAACAUUAUUUUGAAAUUGUUAUUUUUAAAAAAAAUAAUAAUUUUAAAGGAGCCGUGAUGUGCUCUUACUCACCUGCGUACGUGACUGUGUUAAAGACAACCAACAUUAAUUUGAGAAAACUCUUCAACCGGCAGAUUUUACUUUGAGGCCUCGGCUUUCCGAUAGAACCUUAUUUGAAUGACCAAUCACCUUAACUAAUUUCCAAUGGAGGAGGCAUGGAAAUGAGAAUAUAUUUUUAAAAAGAAAUAAUGACGGUAUAGAGUCGACUGUUCGAACUGAUUGAGACCGGUAAGGGGGUGGGCUGGGUAACUGCACACUCUCGCGGAAAGGUUGCGUGAAAGAAUUCAGUGCAUAGAAUCAGUGGCGGAGGCAAGGGAGAAGCUUUCGGGACACCCCUACCCCUUCCCGGGAGACUUAACUUGAUUACCGUAUGAAUGGUGCCCUGGUCUCAGAUAUGGUGCCCUGGUCUCAGACAUGGUGUCCUGGUCUCAGAUAUGGUGCCCUGGUCUCAGACAUGGUGUCCUGGUCUCAGACAUGGUGUCCUGAUCUCAGACUGUUGCCCUGGUCUCAGACAUGAUACCCUGGUCUCAGAUAUGUUGCCCUGGUCUCAGAGAUGGUGCCCUGGUCUCAGACAUGGUGCCCUGGUCUCAGAGAUGGUGCCCUGGUCUCAGACAUGAAGUAGGCCUAUUGCCUGUGUACGCACACCUCAGCCUAGUGCAUUGCAUGAGCAUCUGUCAUUUCGUCUACCUUUUCAAUCAAACACCAAGCUAACCAAUCUAACACAGCAAUCUUAGACUGGGCUCUCUUCACGUGCACAAUCAAACGUUUCAGUUCUGUUUAGUUUUACAAAUGUAAAAUGCUAUUGCAACGUAGAGUAGAUGAUUGAAGGACUUUUUGUUUCAUUUUUAAGAAUUUUUUACAAACAUCCCUCUUGUGUUUUCCUAUGAUUAGAACUAUGAGCAAACGCUCUGAUAAAAUCAUCGAAUAGGAAUUAUCAGAUCAUCAUUAGUAGCUGGUUAUUCCAACACAUCUAUUCUACUACAAUUAGUUUUGAAACACUUGGUCACUCUCUCAAAAUAGAUGGUCAUUGUAAAGUGUUCGCAAGUCAGUUCUCGUUUUUGGCCGUCGUUACGUUCUUCUGGGCCCUAGACAUGUCUCUCACAUGCCUAGACCUAAACAUGUGUCUCACAUGCCUAGACCUAGACAUGUGUCUCACAUCCCUAAACCUAAACAUGUGUCUCACAUCCCUAAACCUAAACAUGUGUCUCACAUCCCUAAACCUAAACAUGUGUCUCACAUGCCUAGGCCUAGACAUGUGUCUCACAUCCUUAAACCUAAACAUGUGUCUCACUUGCCUAGACCUAAACAUGUGUCUCACUUGCCUAGACCUAAACAUGUGUCUCACAUGCCUAGACCUACACAUGUGUCUCACAUGCCUAGACCUAGACUUGUGUCUCACUAGCCUAGACCUAAACAUGUGUCUCACUUGCCUAGACCUAAACAUGUGUCUCACUUGCCUAGACCUAGACAUGUGUCUCAAAUGCCUAGACCUAGACAUGUGUCUCACUUGCCUAGAUCUAAAUAUGUGUCUCACUUGCCUAGACCUAGACAUGUUUCUCAAAUGCCUAGACCUAGACAUGUGUCUCACAUGCCUAGAACUCCACAUGUGUCUCACAUGCCUAGACCUAAACAUGUGUCUCACAUGCCUAGACCUAAACAUGUGUCUCACAUGCCUAGACCUACACGUGUGUCUCAAAUGCCUAGACCUAGACAUGUGUCUCACUUGCCUAGACCUACACAUGUGUCUCAAAUGCCUAGACCUAGACAUGUGUCUCACUUGCCUAGACCUAAAUAUGUGUCUCACAUGCCUAAACCUAUACAUGUGUCUCACAUGCCUAGACCUAGACAUGUGUCUCACUUGCCUAGACCUAAACAUGUGUCUCACUUGCCUAGACCUAAACAUGUGUCUCACUUGCCUAGACCUAAACAUGUGUCUCACAUGCCUAGACCUAGACAUGUGUCUCACAUGCCUAGGCCUAAACAUGUGUCUCACAUGCCUAGACCUAGACAUGUGUCUCACUUGCCUAGACCUAGACAUGUGUCUCACAUUCCUAGAACUCCACAUGUGUCUCACAUGCCUAGACCUAAACAUGUGUCUGACAUGCCUAGACCUAAACAUGUGUCUCACAUGCCUAGACCUACACGUGUGUCUCAAAUGCCUAGAGCUAGACAUGUGUCUCACUUGCCUAAACCUACACAUGUGUCUCAAAUGCCUAGACCUAGACAUGUGUCUCACUUGCCUAGACCUAUAUAUGUGUCUCACAUGCCUAGAUAGACCUUAUAAUGUGUCUCACAUGCCUAGACCUAAACAUGUGUCUCACUUGCCUAGACCUAGACAUGUGUCUCACUUGCCUAAACCUAAACAUGUGUGUCACUUGCCUAGACCUAAACAUGUGUCUCACUUGCCUAGACCUAAACAUGUGUCUCACAUGCCUAGACCUACACAUGUGUCUCACAUGCCUAGACCUAGACUUGUGUCUCACUAGCCUAGACCUAAACAUGUGUCUCACUUGCCUAGACCUAAACAUGUGUCUCACUUGCCUAGACCUAAACAUGUGUCUCACUUGCCUAGACCUAAACAUGUGUCUCAAAUGCCUAGACCUAGACAUGUGUCUCACUUGCCUAGACCUACACAUGUGUCUCAAAUGCCUAGACCUAGACAUGUGUCUCACUUGCCUAGACCUAAAUAUGUGUCUCACAUGCCUAGAUAGACCUUAUCAUGUGUCUCACUUGCCUAGACCUAAACAUGUGUCUCACUUGCCUAGACCUAAACAUGUGUCUCACUUGCCUAGACCUAAACAUGUGUCUCACAUGCCUAAACCUAUACAUGUGUCUCACAUGCCUAGACCUAGACAUGUGUCUCACUUGCCUAGACCUAAACAUGUGUCUCAAAUGCCUAGACCUAGACAUGUGUCUCAAAUGCCUAGACCUAGACAUGUGUCUCACAUGCAUAGACCUCCACAUGUGUCUCACAUGCCUAGACCUAAACAUGUGUCUCAAAUGCCUAGACCUAGACACGUGUCUCACUUUCCUAGACCUAAAUAUGUGUCUCACAUGCCUGGAUAGACCUUAUAAUGUGUCUCACUUGCCUAGACCUAAACAUGUGUCUCACUUGCCUAGACCUAAACAUGUGUCUCACAUGCCUAAACCUAUACAUGUGUCUCACAUGCCUAGACCUAGACAUGUGUCUCACUUGCCUAAACCUAAACAUGUGUGUCACUUGCCUGGACCUGAAAUCUUAUAAAGACACUAGCUUUCAAAUGUUUUCUACCUAUUAAAAGAAAAAAAAUACGCAAAAAGGAAUGAAGUCAGCGGCCGGGGCUCUUAUACCCCUCCCCCGCAGGGCUCUUAUACCCCUCCCCUGAACCAUUAUUGGAAGAAUCCCACCUUCUUUUACGAAAGCGGUCGGGAGAGAUUCCGUGAAGCGGCUUCCCCGGGAUUUCGCUCUAAUGACCAACCACACGGCCACCCAAGGAACCCUAUCAAUAGAAAGACGUCGAGCGUCUCUUAAUAUCUCAAAUACAAUUUAGAAGCUUUUCAGCGAAAAUCUGUUGAUAAUCAAUUUAGAGCUCAGCAACCUUUCUUCAAACGCGGCACACCCUAAGCCUUUCGAAGAAUUCCGCUCAACACCACAAAACACGCACAAAUGUAUUCUAAAUAACAAUGUCGUUCAAAUGCCAAAUGGCGUGUAAAGCUAAAAGGAACUGUUUAAUGCUAAAAUAAGGGAUUUCCAGCACAUGGCUCUCUCUAUGUUGACAGUCUGGAUUGGAAACAGUUCUCUAAUCACAGAGAUUAAAAGAUGUUCAAAAAUGCUUCUUUUGUAUAAACCUGGUUCAUUGAUGUACCUACCUAAACAUCAAGCUUUUACCCCUCUUUGAGGCAUUUAGCAUGGCACACCUGACAUUAAUUUGUGGCACGUCAUUGUGCCGCGACACAUCGGUUCCGGAGCUCCGUUCUAUUUUGUUCAAAUAUGCUAAUGAGUUUGUCUACUUAAUUAUUUUGUUUCUGUUUCAAUGCUCCACAGAGCAGUUACAGGACAGAGCCAUUGACAACAAUGUUUUAGAGAAGCUCAAUGAAUGCAUCAGUAGCCACCUGCAGGAUGAGGAUCUCACAAACAUGGCAUUACUUACCAUUGGCAGUAUUAUUGAUUCAGGUAGGGAGCAGAGAUGUGGCUUGUGACAUGGCCACACUUGAUGAUGUAAUACAGUGUGGAAGAGAGAUGUGGCUUGUGAGAUGGCCACACCUGAUGAUGUAAGACAGUGUGGAAGAGAGAUGUGGCUUGUGACAUGGCCACACUUGAUUAUGUAAGACAGUGUGGAAGAGAGAUGUGGCUUGUGUCAUGGCCAUACUUGAUUAUGUAAGACAGUGUGGAGGAGAGAUGUGGCUUGCUACAUGGCCACACUUGAUGAUGUAAGACAGUAGUUCUCUUUAAUAAAAUUAUUCUUCAGGGGUGUUGCACCCACUAAAUUGUUUUGAACCACUGUAAUAUAUGUGAGCUCCUUAUGUAAGUAGAGUAUGGGAUACAUAUUUAUGUCCUUAUGUAAGUAGAGUAUGGGAUACAUAUUUAUGUCCUUAUGUAAGUAGAGUAUGGGAUACAUAUUUAUGUCCUUAUGUAAGUAGAGUAUGGGAUACAUAUUUAUGCUUUAGUUAAUGCUCAUGAAACAUUUUAUUCCCCAGACUCGGGGAAAGCUGCGGCCAUUAAAUCUGGCCUGCUGGACACAUUUAAACAACUACUAGACCAGAAGGGAGGGGACAACCUCAAGGAAAUUAUUGUAGACCUGAUGUCGGGAAUCAUGGAGUCUGGUCGGUAAAUCUGCGAGGGUUUUGUUAGGGCUAAAUUUGGUGCCUGCUUGUCUCUGCACUUUAUUUGUCAAAUAUCAACACUUCCUUUUUUUUUGUAUCUUGAAAUAUUGAUGAACGUUUCAGAAUGUUUUUUUUUAUUUCAAAUUCUUUGACAUACUCUUUAACUUUAACAAACUUCUUUAAAUCUCAUGCACAGCUUAGUCUUGCAAGACAAUGUUAUUCUUUCAAACUUUGUUCAUUUAAAACAUCAACAUUUUAUUUUUGUUUGAAUUUACUACCAAUAAACUAAAGGAAGUAUGUGUGCUUGUUCAACACAUGGUGACUUUUUUUUUAAUUUUUGGACUUGACAAAAAUAAUGUUUAUAUACUUCUAUCAUUUACAGUGGCUCAUCAAACUAUAAACCUGGUUUAAUAUCUUGAAUCUUUUUUGUGUGAAUGUUGUGUGUGCGCCUUGUGUUUGAAAUCCAAGCUUAACAUAAGCUUAUAGUUGUUAAAUAAACAUAUUCUCUAUAUUUGUUUUAGAAUCAGCCAAAGAAAAAGCAGCUGACAACGGUCUCUGUCAGUCUCUGGUCAACAUCGUCAACUCAGAUUCCUACAGCCCAGAACUUGGCAAGAUGGCUUCUGAACUACUUGUAUCAAUAUUAGUUGGUGGUGAGUAUCCUUGAUGUAGAAUAAUGCUUCUCACGCUUUUCAGUGUAACAUCAAAGUAUGACUCUAGUUAUCCUGUAACUGGUAUUAGUGCACAAUGUAAUAUCACUGCCCUUUUCCAAUCUUCUUAACUUUUGACCUCUUAUGGAGCGAGACUUGCGUGCUGAUGGGGUUCAUGGAACACACAUUUGAGAAGCUCUCAUAAAGAGCAUUCAUAAUAUUUCUCAUUCAGAUGUUUAAAGUCUGGAAUUCCUAGACUUCAUCAAUUCUCUGUCUCCAGUAUAGAAAAUAUUAGGUAUCUUUUAGGAGACAACCCACAAUUGAAGGGUGGGUAGUGGGGGCAGGCUAAGGUUGUAAUUACAUUUUCCCAAACUCCUAAGAAGUUCAGAUACUGAAAACUCACCUUCUUGUGUAAUGCCCACUGGUCAAGUUGAGUGGGUUGCCAAGCUACGUUUAGGUUGGUCAGUGAUGAAGCUGCCAGCUCUGUCAUGCCAUUAAGUUAGCUCUUGUUUCAUUCUAAAAUCUGUUGUAAUCCAUUAUUCUAUGGAUCUGAUGUAAUCCAUUCUUCUAUGGAUUUAUUGCAUCCUUCAUUUGUUUGUUUUUUAAUGUUGUAACUGACUUUCAGAUAAGAGCAUGGAGCAGCUGUACAUGUCUGGAGAAGGUCCUUUACUCAGUCAAUCUGUGGACUGGUUGGCUUCUGACAAUGACAGUCUCAAAACACUGGGGACACUAGCUAUAGGCAACUUUGCCAGAAGAGGUAGUCUAGUAUUAAACAAACAUAAUAGUUGCUCAAUGUUGUGUGGUAGUCUUGUCUUUAACAAAGGUAAUAGUUGGGUAAUGCUUUGUGCUGGUCCUGUCUUAAACUAUUUUUUCCUAAUCCCACCUCAAGCCAGGGCCAUCUUUACAGCAGCAGACGCCCUGGGCAUAGUACCUUCUAUAUACUCCGUGUGCAGGGCCGUGUAAGGAGGGGGCGAGAGUGUCAUUACCCCCUGGCGCCAAUAUCAGGGGCGGCAAAAUCGUCUUAAGAUAGGACCUUAAUAGUGAAUUAAGCGAUAAAAUCCCAUGUACCUCACACAGAAAGGGGCGGCAAAAUUUUCUUACAAUUGCACACGGCUUGUCCUGGGAACGGUUGUGUGUAGCCUACAAUUCAGUAAUAUUAUGAAAAGCAUUAUGACCUAAGCUGGACUAUGCGUUUUGACCAGUUUCUUUCAGGCAAUUUUUCCACUUUGGAGUGGGUCAAGUAUUUCCGGCAUUUGGGGAAGUGAGGCAGGGCAUCUAUUAGCACUGAAAUUAGUAUUUUUUAUCCCCAGUGCCAGCUCUGACUUGGUCGACACCCGCCAUACAUAACCAUACAUUUUUUUUGGUAGUGGAGCCCGCUUAGGGCUUAGAAUAUGAUUCAAGCUAGAGACUGACUGAAUUUCGGCUUCAGUUUCUGUGCCGAAAGUGGCCAUUUGAUCACUUUCAGCCUACUUUCGGUUUCGGCCGAAACCAAAAAGUUAAAUUUCGGUUUAAUUUUGGCUUCGGCCGAAACUGAAAUGUUAACUUUCUGUUUAAUUUCGGUUUUGGCUGAAAGUGAUAGGGACUUUCUGCCAUCAGUUCAGUAUUCACGAAUAAUGAUAGCAGGUUUUUAAAUUAAUAUUAAAACAUUAAUUUAAAAACCUGCUGGCCAAUUCUCCUGCAAAUUUACAGGUCCCCGUUAAUAACUCCUUUAAUAAGAGCAAACCAUGGAAAUGAGUUGUCUUUUUCUGUGUACUCUGUUUUAUCACAGUUUUACUUUAUAACUUUACUUGAUGCCCCCAGAAAUCUACUGCCAGCAGCUGGUAGAGAGGGGAAUUGUGGACAAGUUGAUGAACAUUCUCAAGACCAAUGUCAGCUCAGAGUCAAGUUUUCUGCUUCAUCAUGCUGUGUUCAGCACGCUCAGAAACUUGGCCAUACCAGGCAAGUAUAGAUAACCAAGAUAAAAGUUCAUAGGAUUUUGUUUUUAAAUGUAUAGACCAUAUUUAUUCCCUAUAUAAAAAACAAUCCCAAAUAAUUGAAGUUCCCGCUCCUAACUACCAGGAUUAUUGACAUUUAAAACAUAAAGGCCAUUUCUAAAAAUAGACUCAAUAACUUGGACACCUAUUUUAUUAUCACAGAAAACCAUCAUGUAUUUUUUAAGCUGACCUACAGAAGCUGAUCUGUGUUGUUCUAAAUGUCAUUAUUUAUUCUUUCUGUUUAGUGUCCAACAAGCCCAAACUUUUAUCAGCUGGUGUUCUAGAGAUCUGCCUGACAUUGAUCAACACAGAUGUCAUGGCUGUUGUCUUCAAGUUGCUGGGUGUGCUACGCAUGUUGAUAGAAGGACAGGGUAAAGCCAGCUCCUCAAUACUGUAAACUCUAUUCUGCAACCUGUGAAUUUUUUUGACUAAGUCUCAGUGUGCGCACCCCCCCCCCCCCACACCCCCCCACACAAACUUUUUUUUCCUUCUACAAAAGUAAACAUUUCUCAAUACUGUAAACUCUAUUCUGCAACCUGUGAAUUUUUUUGACUAAGGCUCAGUGUGCCCACCCCCCCCCCCCCACACCCCCCCACACAAACUUUUUUUUCCUUCUACAAAAGUAAACAUUCUUUUUAAAAUUAUUUUUUAAAAAUUGUAAAAUCUUUUUCUCACACCCAAUCAAAUGUCAUUUUGCAUCUUUGGGUAGCAAGAACCCGUGAUUGGGAAUCCCUGUUCUAGACCAUCUUUAUCCACUUUGGUAGAAGGCUAAAACCAUGAUGGAUACAUUAUAGCUGAUUAUCAAGCCAUCAAAAAAUCAUAGCUGACAUUUUUUGUCAAUUUGUUGACAUUACAACAAGCAAAAAAAAUGUUAUUUUUUAAUUCCAAGAUUAAAUCCUUCUCAAUUUUGUCCACGAUGAGCCCAAAUAUAAUUAUAAAAAAGAUUAUUUUUUUAAACUCUGCAUCAUGUUUCCAAUGUCUUGUCAAAUUAAGCCAAUGAUUUAUUGUAUCUGAAAGAAUAAUGUCUGGAUAAUCUCUUUAUAGUUAUAGUCCCUUGUUGCCUGGUAUCCACUGUAAUUGUGUUGAAAACUGGAAGUUGAUGUUAGAAUCAUUUCCCCAUCCCUUGCAAGUUAAAUAAAAGAUAAAUCAAUAGGACGGUCGUGUGGGCUGUGACAGGAUGCUUUUGGACGUCAUGGAUCAUGUUGGUGGACAUUUUCAUGUGGCUGGUCAGUUUGGUGGGGGUGGGUGGAAAAUUUGGUUUGAGAGGGCAGUUGGGUAAGUUUGGACCGUUGGGUGUGGGGGAAAGUUUGUUAAAGGGAGAGGGGGACAUAAGAUUGUGGCUGGACAGUUGAGUGUGUGAGUACAGUUUGGUGUGGCUGGACAGUUGAGUGUGUGAGGAUAGUUUAAUGUGACUGGACAGUUGAGUGUCUGAGGAUAGUAUGGUGUGGCUGGACAGUUGAGUGUGUCAGUACAGUUUGGUAUGGCUGGACAGUUGAGUGUGUGAGGACAGUUUGGUGUGGCUGGACAGCUGAGUGUGUGAGGACAGGUGGGUGUGGUUGGACAGUUGAGUGUGUGAGGACAGUUUGGUACGGCUGGACAGGCUUGCUUAUAAAACAUUUUUCAAGCACAGCCACAUUUUUGUCACCAUAAUAUUGAACUCAGUGCAAUCCAUCCACCUCAUGAAUAUCAUUCUACUGUUUGUAUAACAGAAAUAACUUGUCUGCUGAGCUAAAUAGAUUUAUUUUGUUUAAAUGCAUGAUUAAAAAAAAUUAGAAUGAAGCCUUAGUUAUGGCAAAACAUAAUGACAAAACAUAAUACUCACUAUUUUAGCAUACUUAACAUAUACAUACAGUUAAAUAUUGUAGGAUCAUAUUCUCUCUGUAUAUGCCACUGAGAGCAUUUCAAAAUUCUGAACUCAAACAUCCUACCAGCCAUAACUGUUCUACACUUGUGUUAUUCAGAAACAGCAGCUGUCAAAUUAGGUCAAGAACGUGCUUUCCUGGACCGUUUGAGUGACUGGUGUGGGGUGGAGGCACAUGCUGGUGUCAAAGGUAAGGUAGUGGCACUUGAAAUAAAGCCAGAUGAUUUAUUACCAUAGGAUUUAUUUUGUAAGUGUCUUAGAGCCAAAAUUGAUGAUAUUUCCAUUUAAAAAAACUAAAUUCCAUUUUAUGUAGACAUUUUCAAAAUUUAAUUUUUUUUUUUCUUUUGAAUUUGUCCACAAUAAUUCUGAAUGUUAUAUCAAAUGAAAUUGAUAUUUGAAAAUUAGUUAACCUAAACUGUGACGCCUUUUGCACGUUAUAAAAAAGAACAGCGGCAAAUCUGAGUUGCAGCAUUUUGAAGUGCUGAAUUCUCUCCAGGUGAAGCUACUCGUGUGAUGGCAUCUCUAGUCAAAAACAGUCGGUCCUCAGCUGUCAUUCAAAAUCUCAUCCGAGCCGAAGGUGUCAGCCAUUUAGUGUCCAUGGCUAUGUCUGAACACCUGGUGAUGCAGAAUGAGGCCAUCAUGGCACUGACCAUUAUCUGUUCAACGGCUUUAGGUAGGAUAGACUAGACUGAUUAUUAUUUGUACAACAGCUUUAAGUGGUAUAAACAUUUUAUUUAAUCAGGGAGACAAAUCACAGUUUUUUGUCCUCUUCAUUGGUAUAAGGCGAAUAACCUGUUAUGUUUUUAUUUGUAAAAUAAAUAUUUGAAAUAAGCUAAGUGAUUUUUUUUACAUUUACAUAAUUUUUACAUCUAGGGGAAACAUUAUUUUGUGACUGUCUCUUCUUUUGAUUGUAAGCCCCAGCCUAUCUUGUUCCACUUUUUCCUUCACACAACUUGAACGCAGUCUUACAUGUAUCAUCCUUUUAAAAUUAUUGCAAUUGUUUUUUCCCCAUUAAAUAUUUAUUCAUAUGAAUAUUUGUCAUCAUAUUUAGGGGAAGCGGCCAUUCCACUGAAAGAAGCUGACCUAACAGAGACUGUUAUCAUGCUGCUAAAAGAUGAAAAGCUUCCAGCUGAGAUGAUGUGCAAUGUCUUCAGUCUUUUACAAGCCAUUAUUACUUCAGGUAAAAGUUAAGGACCAAUUACUACCCCAGGCCAAAUUUUUUGUUAUCAUUUAAUUUGUUUGAUUUUAAAAUAACCAUGUGUCUGUUCAUUUUAAAAUAACCAUGUGUCCGUUCAUUUUUAAAAAUGUACAAUUUAGCUCUCAAACAAAAUAUUAAAUGCCUUUUUGUUUGUAUAAUGUAAAUGUCAAAUGUAAAUGUCAAAUGUAAAUGUCAAAUGUAAAUGUCCAAUGUAAAUGUCCAAUGUAAAUGUCCAAUGUAAAUGUCCAAUGUAUAUGUCCAAUGUAAAUGUCCAAUGUAAAUGUCCAAUGUAAAUGUCCAAUGUAAAUGUCCAAUGUAAAUGUCCAAUGUAAAUGUCCAAUGUAAAUGCUAUUGGUUUUGUUUGGUUUAGUAAGUGUUCUUGAUUAGAAUGUCAAUGUCAAAGUGAGUCAACCAUCUGUCCAAAAUGUUCAAAGUUGUAAUGAAUGUAAACUACAACCAUUUCAACAAAUUUUUCCCACUUGAUAUUAUAAGACUUUUUUUUUUUUAAUGUUUAGACAAGAGGGGAUCAAACUUAUGAGCAUGCAGAUUGAAUCCAACAUUAAUUGAGAAAGCUGAAACAAGCUGAAUAACAUCAAGCCAAAUCAAAACAAAGUUAUCUGAGAAUGUUAAAUAAAAUUUUAAAAAGUGCCUAACUUUUAACUAUUCCAUGGAGAAAAAAACUUUGUUUAUUUUGUCAGUGGGAUUUUAGUCAAGUUUAUCCUAAACCAUCAUCAAAUCAGCAGUAGCUUCUGGUGUGCAAGAGUUACCUGCCUUUCAGUGUCAUCACAACUGCUAUGUCUGGUGUAACUAAUUAUACUAAAAGUGUUGGACUGCAAUAAAGCUUUAAAAUAGAUUAAUAAGACACAAACAAAUUGUGUCAAUAGAACAAUAUGAGUCACCUUUAAUAAUAAUUAUACAUUAUACACAAUUAAACGUUUCGGCACAUGCCUUCAUCAGUACAAACAUACAAACCACAUUUAAAUAAGUAUAAAUUAAAUCUACAUAAUAUCAAUAUACAUAUCCUACCUAAAACAGAAAAAUAUAGGAGAGGGCGCUAAAACCUGAUGAAAAACUGAUGAAGGCAUGUGCCGAAACGUUAAAUUGUGUAUAAUGUAUAAUUAUUAUUAAAGCGUAACUCAUAUUGUUCUAUUGACACAAUUUGUUUGUGUCUUAUUAAUCUAUGUCUGGUGUCUAGUUUAUGUCAACAAACUUUUGUUUACAAGGCAACAUUCUCCAUUGUGCAUUUAGUAGACUUCAGGGUUGCCUCUUCAGCUGUGGACAAUUGGUACAGAUAUGUGUCAUGGUUGUCUCUUCAGUUGUGGACACUUGGUGCAGAUAUGUGUCAUGGUUGUCUCUGCAGUUGUGGACAAUUGGUACAGAUAUGUAUCAUGGUUGUCUCUUCAGUUGUGGACAAUUGGUACAGAUAUGUAUCAUGGUUGUCUCUUCAGUUGUGGACAAUUGGUGCAGCUACGUAUCAUGGUUGUCUCUGCAGUUGUGGACAAUUGGUACAGAUAUGUAUCAUGGUUGUCUCUGCAGUUGUGGACAAUUGGUGCAGAUAUGUAUCUUGGUUGUCUCUUCAGUUGUGGACAAUUGGUACAGAUAUGUAUCAUGGUUGUCUCUGCAUUUGUGGACAAUUGGUGCAGAUAUGUAUCAUGGUUGUCUCUUCAGUUGUGGACAAUUGUUACAGAUAUGUGUCAUGGUUGUCUCUUCAGUUGUGGACAAUUGGUACAGAUAUGUGUCAUGGUUGUCUCCUCAGUUCUAUAUAAAAAUCCCAUUUCAACAUUAGAAUUUCUUAACUUAAAAGUUUUGGGAAAUUUAGGCAAAUAGUAUGAUUGUCAUGAUAAAUGAGAUAGAAUCAUGAUAUUCAAAAUUGCUAUUUAAUUAUGCCUAAAAUGUUUAUUGUGUUUUAUAGCUUCCUAACAGCCCAGUUUGUGCUUGUUUUUUCCCAUAGCCCAUAAAUCUGAACCAGAUUUUAUCCUUUAUUCUCCACUAUAAUAUCAAAAGCAUUGCGCAACAGUAAAUGAAACAAUUUCAUGAUCUUUGUUUCAUGAACCUAAUUUUAUUGUUCUGAUCGGCUGAAACAGUAGUUCUCAAUUUUUGUGUAGCCCCUGCUAUCUCCUGGAGACCACCUUUAUGUAAAAUGUAUUAUUAUUGUUUGAUGCCCACAUCAUAACCUCAUGACACUAUUUGACAUGGUAGUAGAUUUCCCAAUGUUUAGAUUUACUAAGCUAAGUAAAGAUGUUCCUAACUUGAGCAUGUUGUGACUAACACUUGACCUACUUUCAGCCUCCCCGUCUGUGCCUCCACCUUGUGCGCUACUUGCCUGCACCGGUCUAAUGCCCGACGUCCGCAGUAGGCUCCCUUUCUUUUUUCCUUCUCUCCCUUCUCUUGUGUUCGGUUUGAGACUUCAAGGGCGAAACGGUAACACCUGGUCAUAAAAAUGGAAGCUUUUCUUGUAUUUUCUGUUUGUCAAGACUCUUUGGUGAAACAAAACAUUUAAAAAAACUGUUUUUAACUAUCAUCAAAACUAUGUAAUUUUUUAAAAUUAUGGUUUAAACAUGUGACAUGGUCCUACUGAAUUGUAUUUAAUUGAUCUUCCUGUCCUAAGGAUGUCACUUUCCUAUACAUAUUGUAAUUUUUUACCAUCAAAUCCCACCCUCACCCCCUCCCUUUUUUAUUAUGGCUAUUACAUUUUUUUAAAAGAAUCUUGGCUCAUAUUAAAAUUAAAAUUGUAUUAAUUGAAUCACCAGAACACAGUCUAAUUUUAUUAAAUAUGCAUUGUCAGAUUUUUAAAAAAAUUAAUUAAUUAAAUUUCCAUUUCCAAAAAAAAUUAUCUAAGAAUUAUGCAAAUUUUCAAAAUAUAUUUAGCUCCUUUUAAUGUUUUUUUUAAAAUUAAAGAAGUAAGCAGAAAUACUUGAGAUAAUGCACAGUUUCAUUAUUCAUUAAAUUUGUACAUAUAUCCCUUAUUUUGAAGAUUAAAAUAUUUUCUUAAUUAAAUUCAAACAUUUUUAAAAUUAAAUCAAAUACCAAAUAUCUAGUCAUUAAAGCUCAGGAAAUGUGGACUAUUCCGUAAGACCUGUGUCACUUGUUACAUAGCCCAUGAAGUCUUGAUUGCUGAGUUUCAAUAUAUUUUUCUUUUCCUUUCUACUAUGAUUGUUCAGCAUAAAUGUUUUUUUUCUUCCAAAAAAUGGCUGCUCGCUUUGAAUUCUUCUGUCAACCAACUUGCUUCUGUUGUAUUGGUGUCCAGUUGUGGUCAUCAUUUUUUUUAAUACCUCAAGUAAAUAGUGUGGGUGAAAAACACAGAGAAGUGGUUAAUGAAUUUUUAUUUUUAUCAUCGCAAUCACAGUAAAAAAAAAAUGUACACUACUGCACAUUAAUAUUAACAUCUAGUUGAAGUAGAGAAAUAAAUGACAGAAGAAAUCAUUAAAUAACUAAACAUUCUGCUUGAGCCGCAUAGUUUGUGUGAACAAGAUCACACAAAUCAACUCAUGUUCAGGUUUGAAAGCUAGCUAUUUAUUGGCUAACACCUUGUCCUAUGCUUUGAGUAACAAUGUAGCUUACAACAGCUUGCUGGCAUGACAUAGUUCAUUGGUGAUUUGUGACAAGUUUGUAUGUUGCACCUUUCAUACCUUUAAAAUGGUAACCUUUUUUUUUUAAUGAAGAAGAAUAUUCCCAUGAACAUAAAACUUAAGAAGCUUACUUUUAUCAUUUGUAUUUUUAAAAAAAGCUGGGAUCAUCUAUUUUGCAAACCUUCAAUUCCUUGUUAUUUCCCUUUGACCAAGAACCAGAAAUUUUCUUAUUGAACAAAUUUUAUUUUACCUCUGGUAUUAUUAAGUGGGCGAUGGUGGGUUUUUUUCAAGUUACAAUAUAUUCCUUUAUGAAGAAACUGACAAAACCAAAUAUUUUUCAGAUAUGUUUGUUAUUAAAUGAAAUCUCAUGUACGUUAAGAAAUGUCAUGUAAGUUAAGAAAUGUCAGUUGUUGGAAUUUAAAGGUAGUUAAACUUUUUAAUAUUUUCCUUUUGAGAAAAUACAUUUUUAAAAAUAAAUAAUUUAAAGCAGUAAAACAUUUCACAGUUAGGGACAAAAAUUGUCCAAACUACAGUAGGUUUUUUUUUUUUAACGCUUGAAACAUUUUGUCUGAAUAUUUUAUUUAAGCUCAACACUCUGAAAUUGUGCAAUUCAAUCCCAGUAAUUAAAAAAAAAACUAUUACUGUAACAUAUGUGUUUACCUAGUUACAUCCAGGCAACAAAAAGAGUGGGAGGGGGUAUAUGAGGUCGAUACGGGUUAUUAUAAAAUUAACAUAUAAUUUAUGCACUAUUCUUCUGCAUUUCAUUAGUAAGUUCUGUGUAUGAGUAUGGCUAUGUUCUGGCUUGUUGAUAGCUGUCACAGCUGUGCAUUAACAAUUAUUGCCUUUCUGUUUUCCUGCAUUAUAUUGAGGUUAAUCUACCCACACAAACUCUCUUUAACAGUGCUUAAGUAUUUGCAUAGAAAACAAUAUAUACUGUUGUUUAGUUGGAUACUUACGAUGGAUGCGUUUUUCCCACCAAAACAUGACUCAAGCCAGUCAAUGUAAGAAUGAAACCAUGGACAGUGCUGCUGACAUGACAUUCAAAUCAAAUCACUUAAAAACUGAAAUAAGAUUGUACAGAGAGGUUUUUAUAGUUUGCAGGAAUGUUAAUAUGUUUAGGGCUGGCAGGAAUGUCAUUAUGUUUAGGGCUGGCUGGAAUGUCAUUAUGUUUAGGGCUGGCAGGAAUGUCAUUAUGUUUAGGGCUGGCUGGAAUGUCAUUAUGUUUAGGGCUGGCUGGAAUGUCAUUAUGUUUAGGGCUGGCUGGAAUGUCAUUAUGUUUAGGGCUGGCAGGAAUGUUAUUAUGUUUAGGGCUGGCAGGAAUGUUAAUAUGUUUAGGGCUGGCAGGAAUGUCAUUAUGUUUAGGGCUGGCUGGAAUGUCAUUAUGUUUAGGGCUGGCAGGAAUGUCAUUAUGUUUAGGGCUAGCUGGAAUGUCAUUAUGUUUAGGGCUAGCUGGAAUGUCAUUAUGUUUAGGGCUGGCAGGAAUGUCAUUAUGUUUAGGGCUGGCAGGAAUGUCAUUAUGUUUAGGGCUGGCAGGAAUGUCAUUAUGUUUAGGGCUAGCUGGAAUGUCAUUAUGUUUAGGGCUGGCAGGAAUGUCAUUAUGUUUAGGGCUAGCUGGAAUGUCAUUAUGUUUAGGGCUGGCAGGAAUGUCAUUAUGUUUAGGGCUGGCUGGAAUGUCAUUAUGUUUAGGGCUGGCAGGAAUGUCAUUAUGUUUAGGGCUGGUGGUUUGUUUGGUGCUAUGAUUGGAGCAGUCAUUUCUUUGUCUUUAGAUUGGAGGGAUAGGGGGCUUGUUCUUCUUGUCUAAUAAAUAAAUCGUUAUAUAAAUUAUUUAGUUAGGUUAAACAAUAUUGUCAAAAUAUCAAAUUUUAAUUUAGUAAUGAGAUUUUUAAACAUUGCUACAUGUGACAAAGAACUAUGAGUGCAACUGGUUGAAACUGUCAAAUUUUCAACGGGUUUUAACUGUGAAAUGUUCAACUGGUUGUAACUGAAAUGUUCAACUGGUUGUAACUGUGAAAUGUUCAACUGGUUGUAACUGAAAUGUUCAACUGGUUGUAACUGUGAAAUGUUCAACUGGUUGUAACUGUUCUUUUAAUUGAACUUUUUUAUUUGAGGUUUAAAACAUUUUUUUUUUAAUAUAUAUUUUUUUUUCUCCUCCUCAGAAAAUCUCCAGGAAGAAAUUCUUACAUCAGGUGUCCUUGAACUUGUCAGAUCAUUGGAAGAAAAUCAUGUUGAUGACAGGGUUAAGGACGCAGCAAGGUCAACAGCCAAUAUACUAGAACAGUCAAUGUCAUGCAGCUAGACAUUGUCAAUGAUGUCAUUAUGAUAGGAAUGAUUUUGUAUUACAUAAACUCAGAUGACAAGUUGAGAACUAUGUACUUUUAUUAAAGGGUAUCAUACUGAUGUUUGUAUAUGUCAUUCAUCUCACAAACACCUGGUAUCUCAUUUAAUUUGAUGUGUCGGAAGUCUCACCUUGCUUCAUAACAGAGUUUGUUACCUCAGUUUAUUUUAAGUGUCGGCUGUCUAACCUUCCUUCAUUACAUAUUCUGGUAUUUCAUUUAAUUUGAUGUGUCAGCCAUCUCACCUUACUUCAUAACAUAUUCUGUUACCUCAGUUAAUUUGGUGUGUCGGUUGUCUCACCUUCCUUGGUAACAUAUUCUGUUGGAGACAGUUUGAAACAAUAAUUGAAAAUGUUCUUUCCACACCAGUGUUUUAUUUAGUGUAUUAGGUGUUUAUCAAUAAUUGAAGGCAUAAAUACUAGUUGGCUGUCCAAACAGUCCAUUUGUGCUAGCUUAACUGUGCAGUAAGUGGAAGAAAAAAUGUUAAAACAUUAAUUUAAACAGACAUUUUUUUUUCAUUAACAUUAUUGUCAAAAGUACGUAAAAUAACUGCACUAAAAAUUCUGUCAAGGACUACAAUGUCAACAGUGUCAAAUCCUGUGACGAUCUAUUUUGUGUACAAAAUAUUACCAAUAAUUAAACAUAUGAAGUCUCACCUAGCCC